AUGUCAGUGGAAAAGAGUAUAUUUAAACAAGGUAUUCCAGAACGAAAGGCAGGAGCUGACGUGUGCGCAUAUCAGUAUGUGGAGGGCCUCCCACAGCCGAGAGAGGAGAAGCAGCUGGAGCUGACUCUGGAGGCUCUCAUCAGUCAGGUGGCUGAUCUGAAGAACUCCUUGGUCAGUUUUAUCUACAAGCUGGAGAAUGAGUACGACCGACUCACAUGGCCUUCGGUUCUGGACAGCUUUGCCUUGCUCUCAGGGCAGCUGAACACCUUGAAUAAAGUGCUAAAGCAUGAGAAGAUGCCACUAUUGCGAAACCAGGUUAUCAUACCACUAGUGCUGUCUCCAGACCGUGAUGAGGAAAUCAUGCGGCAGACAGAGGGACGUGUGCCAGUGUUCAGCCAUGAGGUUGUGCCUGACCAUCUUCGAACUAAGCCUGAUCCUGAGGUGGAGGAGCAAGAGAAACAGCUGAUCACAGAUGCAGCUCGAAUUAGUCCUGAUGUUGCCCAGAAACAGAUCCAAAGUCUGAACAAAAUGUGCUCAAAUCUGCUGGAGAAAAUCAGUAAGGAGGAACGUGAAUCUGAAAGUGGAGGUUUACGACAGAACAAGCAAACUUUCAACCCUGCAGACACCAACGCACUGGUAGCAGCUGUGGCCUUUGGGAAGGGACUGUCAAACCGAAGGCCCCCUGGCUCUGGAGGAUCUGUCCAGUCAGGCCAGCCAGGGGCUGGUGCCAUCAUCGCAGGUGCUUCAGGCAUGCAGCAGGUCCCAAUGUCAGGUGCACCAGCUCAGCAGCAGCCGAUGCUGGCCGGAGUGCAGAUGGCACAAGCAGGACAGCCAGGAAAAAUGCCAAGUGGCAUAAAAACAAAUAUAAAAUCUGCCUCAAUGCAUCCAUAUCAGAGAUGAGCUGAGAUGAACCAGACCUAAGGGACAACACUUACCAACAUUGUU